UUGUGCCCAGUGCGCGUGCUCGCCCGGCGGCCACCCCUUUCGUAUGUCAGCGUUCGGGGGCUCGCGCACUCCCCCGGGCCGGCUCAGUCGGGCGGCAGCAGGCGCAGGAGGCGGCGGCGGCGGCUCUGCGAGUGGAGCAUCCGCAGCAAGGGGAGGGGGGGCGCAGCAGGGAACAGCCGAGUCCGGGCUGCCUCCUCUCCCCGUCAGAGGGGGCGGGGGUCGGGGCAGAGGCCGAGGGCUGGGGCGACCGUCGCCCCCCUCAUCCAGCGUCGCCGAGCGAAUCCUGCUCGCGGGGGGAGUCUCCAGUGGGCCCCCUCCAGCAGCCCGGCCCCCGCGCCGCCCCCCAGCCCGGAUUGCGGGCUGGGCCGGGGGGGUUCCUGGGGGGCGGUUAUUGUUUUCAGCCCGAUUUCAGCGAAUGUGAAGACCAGGAGCGUGUGUGGCGGGGAGCUCAACUGCUUACCAGAUGGGGGAUGUGUGAGGGGGUUAAUUAGCUGCCCUAAUUAGCAUGAAUAAUUGUGGGGGCUGCCGUGGAUAGCUAUUGCUGGGGGCAUGGUCGGGAGCCUCCUUUCCUGUGGGUGGGUUAAUUAGUGGCCAGUUUUCUCGGGAUUAUCCCUCUUGUCUCUCCACCCCCACCCCCCCCGUAUCCACUGAUUUAGUUGGGUCCCAUAUGUAUAUUUUACACUGUCCCUGGCGGAGAAAGGGAGAAUUUUAAAUCCUCCAUCCCCAACUUUCUAACCAUCACACACAAGCCUGCCCGGGAGGACUAAAACAGCAGCCAGGUGUUGGUGAUUCCAGACUCAGACGGUUAGGGGUUCAGUUCUGAGGAAGCAGAGACCCGAGGGGCUUAUUGGAUUGAAUCUAUUUUGCGCAGGCUGCCACAGCUCUACAUUAGUAUCCUCACUUCUCUUCCCCACCCUCCUCUCCCCCGAGGGGGGGGAGGAGCUGGGAAUCACUUCUAAUAUCCCCCGCUCCCUUCCCCAACACACCUUGGUCCCUGGGGGCACAAGCCAGGCAUCACCCAUUGUAGUACCAGGAGAACAUAAUCCUCAUCGCUCCUUUCCUGGCCUUGGGGGCUCCAGCAGGACUCUGUUCCCUCCCUUGGAGUGCAGAUCAGAGAGGCCCUGAAAGGACUUCAUUAGCACCCUCUUCUCAGGGGGCACCAAGGGUACAGGAAGCCUUCGCCUCACUGAGAGAGCCAGGACUGAAGCACCAGUUACUGGGGGCACUGAAAGAAGCACCCGUCCUUGACAUCCCUUCUUCUCUUACCCCUUGCUCCCCAAACCUCUGAGUUCCAUUAAAAGGAGAUCCCAGAGGUUGCAAGACUAGUCAAACAAGAUGUGCAGCUCAGUUGCUCCCAGGCUGUGGUUCUUAACAGAUCGUCGUAUCAGGGAAGACUACCCUCAACAGGAGAUCCUGAGGGCGCUCAAGGCCAAGUGCUGUGAAGAGGAACUAGACUUUCGGGCCUUGGUGAUGGAUGAAGUGGUACUGACCAUUGAGCAUGGAAACCUGGGUCUCCGGGUGAAUGGGGAGCUCAUUACUGCCUAUCCACAGGUGGUGGUUGUACGUGUGCCAACACCCUGGGUCCAGAGCGACAGUGACAUCACGGUCCUUCGCCACUUGGAGAAGAUGGGCUGCCGGUUGAUGAAUCGGCCCCAAGCCAUCCUCAACUGCGUCAACAAGUUCUGGACCUUCCAGGAGCUGGCUGGUCAUGGUGUGCCUCUCCCAGACACCUUCUCCUAUGGUGGUCAUGAGAACUUUGCCAAAAUGAUUGAUGAGGCGGAGGUGCUGGAGUUUCCCAUGGUGGUGAAGAACACACGAGGUCACCGAGGCAAAGCUGUAUUCCUGGCACGAGAUAAGCACCAUUUGGCAGACCUGAGCCAUUUAAUUCGUCAUGAGGCCCCUUACCUGUUCCAGAAAUAUGUCAAGGAGUCCCAUGGCAAAGAUGUGCGUGUCAUCGUGGUAGGCGGCCGCGUGGUGGGGACCAUGCUGCGCUGCUCAACAGAUGGAAGGAUGCAGAGCAACUGCUCACUUGGCGGUGUAGGGAUGAUGUGCUCACUGAGUGAACAAGGCAAGCAGCUGGCAGUCCAGGUGUCAAACAUCCUGGGGAUGGACGUGUGUGGCAUCGACCUACUGAUGAAAGAUGAUGGCUCGUUCUACGUCUGCGAGGCCAAUGCAAAUGUAGGUUUCAUUGCCUUUGACAAGGCUUGUAAUCUAGAUGUAGCUGGUAUCAUAGCGGACUAUGCCGCUUCUCUCCUUCCCCCCGGUCGCUUGACGCGGCGUAUGUCCUUGCUCUCUGUGGUGUCCACGGCCAGCGAGACUAGCGAGCCAGAGCUGGGCCCUCCAGCUAGUGCCGCUGUCGACAAUAUGAGCGCUAGCUCCAGCUCUGUCGACAGCGACCCUGAGACCACGGAGAGAGAGUUGCUCACCAAGCUCCCGGGGGCUUUAUUCAACAUGAACCAGCUACUAGCCAAUGAGAUCAAACUCCUUGUGGAAUGAUGCCACGUGUAAAUACAUGACCAACAAAACUCCUGUAAAUUUUUUUUAAACCAACUUGCAAUGCUGUUUAUCAGAGAAGCUCAGGGAGAUGAAUGGAGUCGGGAGAGAAUUAGUCAAAAGAGUGAGAUUAAAAAGUGCAUAUUCUCUGAUUGCUGCCCUUACUUUUUAAUCCUGCAGAACAUAUGAUUGGUUUCAUUUUUUGGCAGCCAAUCUCUAGUCAGUGAUACCCAGUUCAAACCCACAUGGGGAUUUGAUUUUAUGUGCAGCUGUGGUCCCAAGCUUAUCGCAGAACACGUGUAUUGAUGGGGAGAUAUUACAGCACAAUUCACACUUCUGGUUUUGGAAUGCUAUCUUGCAAUUCUCCAAAAGCAUCUGUGAACUAAUGCAGCUGUGAACUCUCUCCUACCUCUUUAAGAGCUUGAUCUUGUGAAUUGCUUGAGUGCCUUUAGUUUCCAAGAGAGCUGAGGGUGCUUGAGAUCUGAUAUUUCAAAGGUGCUGAGCAUCUGCAGUUCCUAUUCACGUAAGUGGGAGCUGUGAAAGUUCAGCAUCUCUUAAAAUCAGCCCAUUGUGACCUUGCAGGAUCUGGCUUAAGAGAUGGGGCAGGGACAGGAAACUUGAGCUUUCAGUACAAACCUGCGACUUCUGCCAUCUCAGUAUUAACUGGCAUGUGUCCACAAAAAUGUGUCCAUAUUUGUUUAUAAAGCUUUUGAAGGGGAGUUGUUUUUUAAAUUUGUGUUUUUUAUCAUUUUAAAUCCUGGGGCAGGUAUGUAGAAGAGUCAGUCGUGUUCUCAUUCAUGGCAGAAGUGGCACGUUUUAACGAUUUUUGCACGAUUGGAGGAGAUAAACAGCAUUGUAAUGUUUGGUGUACAAAAUAAUGUUUAAUCCAAUGUGAAAAAGAAUUACACUAGUUUAAAACAAAUGUGCAUUGACUUGUAUUUGUUAGUGUUUUAGUCUUUUUGAGAGAGAGAUGCUAUGUUAAUGUUUCAUUUUUUAAUACAUGCUAGUCCAACAUACCCUUCUCUAUGCCUGCAUCUUUAACAGUGGCCAAAGUGAGAACACCACAAACCAUUUAACAAAACACUGACUUGAAGCCUGUAAAUCAUUCUUUUAUUUUUGUUGUUUUUUUCUGGGAAAUGUGGUAGGGUGUGGAGGAGGGAAAAGGUUGAUUGAAACCUCGAGGACAUUUAGGAUAAAGCUGAAGUUCGUUCAUUACCACUAUCACUAGGCAUGUAUUUUCCACAUUGAAAAUGUCCAAACUCUGAUGUCAGCUGAGCUCCAAAGCAUGGAUCCAGGGGAAAAAUACACAGUUAUUGCCUUUGGGAAACUAUGCAGCAGAUUUGAAAAAAAUAAGGCUCAGCUAGAAUAAAAAUACAAAAGGCCACAAGCAAUGAAUAGAUGGAUCCUGGACCCUGUGUGUGUGUGCGUGCUUUGCUUUAUUUCUUUUUGGUUUUGAGCUGUUCAGUUUCAUUUUUUCAGGCUGAUUGAUUUUCCUUCCUCAGUUCUUCUGGCUGUGCAUUUUUUCAUUCAAGUUGAGCAGUUUUGGGAAACAAAGAACCAAAACAGCAGUGUUGGGUCCAUUUUGAAGUCCCCAUCUUCCUUCUCACCACUGCUUGUUCCUUCCCUCUUCUGGGUUCAUAAAGCACUGGAACUAUAGAUAUAGAUAUAUAUAUAGAUAGUUAUAUAUAGAUAUAUAUAUAUAUGCGCCUCAUUUUAGGGGAAAAAAAGUAAAACGUUUACAACUGAAAGAUGGUUUUGUGAAAAGAGGGUUUGGAGGGGGGUUUGUGUGUGUGCAAUGCUGCUGUUAUCUGGAUACUUUAAAGGAGCAUGUCCCAUGUAUCCGCUGAGGCUCUUCGCUUCCUACCCCUGUGGCCCCUCCUCACCUCUCCGCUGCUCUGCUGCUUUACCGUCACUUACUGGGAUCUUAAACAAACACAGCUCAUGGACACUACGGAGAGAGACUUCAAGAGGCAAUAAACAGAACAGUAUUAACCUGCUUUCAUGGAGGUUUGAUCAUGCUUAUUUGUACAGUUUUUUUAAUUUUAAAAAGGAAUGUAAUAAAAUGAGGGUUUUUUGUAGAAUUAAAUAUUAUUAUUAAAAACAAGUGGAAGGUUGAUUGUUGAUGUUAGCUGAUGGAGUGAUCCAGAUGAUCCAGCAACAAAAGAAGUUUCAGCAGUCAAGGUCAUCUCUGAGGUUUUAUUUCUGAGCCUUCAAGUGCACAGAUUAUAACAAAAGAACACAAAGUUUUCCCUUGUAUAAAAAAUCAAAACACCCCAGCAAAGGUUACAUCCAACCCAACUUUCUAGUUACUGGGUGGGAAAGCACUGCCUCCUCACAGCUCUUCUCCCCUCAUCUGCUUACUAAGGAGCUGUUUUUUAAAUAGUGUUCUGUAUUCCCUUUGAGACCCUGAUUGAGCCUGCAGUUUCCAACCCUACUUUCAUAUACACACUGCGAGCACCUGUGUGGGAUAUAAGUGAGGGAGAGCAGACAAGUCAGCUCCAUGCCAGCUGGAAGUAAUCAGCUAGGGCCUCUGCACUACUGUCACAGUUAGUAAAGAUAACUUGUUGGAAAGAGGCUGGUAAUAGCUAUAGGAGCUGAGCUGUCUUGAGUCCCCACAUUGCUUGAGGGAAUAAGGCUGUGGGAGCAGGGACUUCAUAAUGCAUCUUGCCUUUAGAAUUUCCUACUCACACUUCAGAGUAAUACAAAUUUGUGAAGUGGUACACAUACUCUUAUUCUGAAACACACAAGCAAAUGGACUGAAGGGUAUCCUGUUGUGGCUGGCUCCCUUGUAAUGAGAUCCUCUUGAGCAAUUGGUUCUUCUUUUGCAAAAUUGGAGAAAAGUCUAUGGGUAGUGCUUGUUAUGGGGGAGGAUCAGGAGUUAAAACUUUACACACAUCCAUGUAGACAGUAAUUCUUGAUAUUGCUCACGGAAAGCCUUGCCGAGGAUUCAAAGCUUUAUCAGUUUGAAUCCAUCUUGUAUGUUCCUCUCCCCAACCUACCCAUUGUCCCAUGGUCAGUGAGAUGUAUAGAGUGGGGAAGAAAAAACAGGUUUCACAUGUAAUUCAACUAAAAAAAUCAAGCCUGUGCUAAUCAAGAGAAUCUCCCAUCACAUCUAUACAGCUCAGCACUGUGUGCUAUGUUUUCUUCACUUCCACAUCCUAAAGAACACCUUCCAUACUCCAGCGCUUUAAUAGAGCUAACAUUACCUGUCAUAUUCUGCUUUGGAAGCUUAUAUUGGAAAGGAAACGUAAUCAAGAUACACUGAGGGUUUUUUUUGUUUUUUAAGGACUGAUACAGAUAAUGAUGGUGCAUGAGUUAAUGUGUCUAUAUUUUUUUAAGGGAGGGGAGAGAAACUUGAGUGAGCCAAGCAGAAACUUUUGUUUGCAGAAAUAAGUUCCUUAAUUUAAACCUGAUGGAAUUUGUUAUCCUGUUUGUAAGUGAUUUUUUUUUUGGGGGGGGGGGGGGGGAGGGGAGGGGGGGUUGUGAAUUUUUCUGCUGUGUGAUUUGGUCACAUGUUUACAAUUUCUUGUUUACCAUGCUUAAUUCUGAAUUGUCUGUAUGGCUUUGUAUAUUAAGUAUUUUUUUUUAAUUUUUUGAUGUGUUUUAUAAAAUCGCCCCUUUCUGGAAUGCUACAAUGCCUCAUCUGUAACACAUGAUGGAAGAGUGACACUCUGUAUACACAUGGACUAUUUUUUUGUGUGUGUCUGUGUUCUACCCCCUCCGAGCUAUGUGGUCAUGCUUUGAUGGCUUUUCCACGCCUGCUUCACAUUUGCAAUCUUUCACGUGUGAUAUCUGCCCAGGAAAUGCCUCUGGAACUACUGUGUAUGUUGGCCAAAAAAAGAGGACACUUCUUCAGAUGUUUCACUGGACUUUUAAGUCUGACAUGUGAAAUCAGUAACUCUUUCUAAAUCUCCUCUCUUCUUCCUCAAAUGCAAAAAGCCCUAGUUGGUUAAAUAUGUAAGGGGCAGCACGGGCUUAGAGAGACUUUGUGAAAGCAACCCGUGUGUACAACAUCUUUCUCAUGGCUCACUCUUUUUGAGAAGGUUUAUGGGCUUUAUGGCUGGUGUGAGACACACGACCCACUCCUGUUCUCUCUAUGGAAUUGUAGGUGCUCAGACAGGUAACCUCUGCUGCUACUGUUUUUUUCUUCAUUUUUAAUUUUUCACUGUUCUAGGAAUUCCUUUAAAAUGUUAACAUAUUGCAGGAUUUAUAACCAAGUGUUUGCUGCCUUUUCCUUUUGUUUUGUUUUUCUUUUACGUCUCUCUUGACCUUGGAGAGUGUUCCGAUGGCGGAUCUUAGCCCACUGUUGGUAAUCUCCAAAUCCCUUGUGUUCCAAUUUUCAGUUGAAAUGUUUGGGUUUUUUUCAUUUGUUUAAACCAGUUUCACAAAGUGAAGUGUGGGUUUUGGGUGGGCAUUGUAAUUUUGUUUAAAUGAAAUUGUUCUAUUUUAUAUGUAUUAUUUUUUUCUUUUAAAAAAGAUGUGUUCUAACAGUUCGCACUUUCUUACUGUUCUUUGCAAAA